GCGCACGUGCCCCCAUCGUCUUGAUCUCUUCCUCCAUCCAUCCACCAUGUCCGCCGUCGCCCCGGUCAACCCCAAGCCGUUCAUGCAGGAGCUCACCGGCAAGCCUGUGUUCGUCAGGCUCAAGUGGGGGCUAGAGUACAAGGGCUUUUUGGUCAGCACGGACGGCUUCAUGAAUCUUCAGCUUGCGAACACGGAGGAGUUCCAGGACGGCCAGUCGACGGGCACUCUGGGAGAGGUGUUCAUUCGGUGUAACAACGUGCUCUACAUAAGGGAAGCCCCGGCGGAGUAGAUCGUCGCCGUCUCGUAUUUCGGCAGCGUGGUCCCACGCCUGCCCUGACGCCCAAAAACGAUCAGGAUCCCGGCCGUCGGGGUGUUCUCCGCCGUCGGUGGCUCUCUCCUUCUGCACGGUCGACGCCGGGGCUCGUCAUGUUCGUGUGGUUCGAUG